AUGCCGUCGUUGAUUGACUUGGAUGAAAUGUUCGACCUCGAUUUCUCCAUGACGAUGCCGGAGGAUCCCGACACGGAGCUCGACAAGCAGCGGUGCGAUGCGCAGGCCGCGGCCUCUGCCCGCCACAUGGUCGACGAAAUGCCCACGGUGGUGGUGGUUGUUGGCGGCGGCGAUCACUGCUCUGUUUGUAUGGAAGGUUUUGGGUUGUUCGACGGCGCCGGUGGAAAGCAAAUCCACUGCGGCCAUGUCUUCCAUGAUAACUGCAUCUUUCAGUGGCUGUCGAUCCGUGAUUCUUGCCCACUCUGCCGUGCGAGAGUCUCCGGCGCCGGAGGAGUUAUUUUAUAA